CAGGCAGAGCGCUGCACAUAUACGCAUCCUUCCAUUUCUUAAAUUAGCCACUUUAAGCUUCGAGAUACCGCCCCCAAUUUCAGUGUCGGUACGGAGCCGCCAGGCCGGGACUGAGACGGAGAGAGAGCCCUCGGCCAUGGAAGCGCUCGGACCCGGCCCGCCUGCCCCUACCUCCCUCUUCCAACCACCACGCCGGCCCGGCUUGGGUACGGUGGGGAAGCCGAUUCGCCUGCUGGCCAAUCACUUCCAGGUGCAGAUCCCCAAGAUCGACGUCUACCAUUAUGACAUUGACAUCAAGCCUGAAAAGCGACCCCGCCGGGUCAACAGAGAGGUGGUGGACACAAUGGUGAGACAUUUUAAGAUGCAGAUCUUUGGGGACAGGCAGCCUGGUUAUGAUGGCAAGAGGAACAUGUAUACAGCAAAUCCACUACCCAUCGGGAGAGACCGGGUGGAUCUGGAGGUGACAUUGCCAGGUGAAGGGAAGGAUCAGACCUUCAAGGUGUCUCUGCAGUGGGUGUCAGUGGUGAGUCUGCAGAUGCUCCUGGAAGCUUUGUCUGGUCACUUGAACGAGGUCCCGGAGGAUUCUGUACAGGCUCUGGAUGUCAUCACUCGUCACCUGCCCUCCAUGCGGUACACUCCAGUAGGUCGUUCCUUCUUCUCGCCACCAGAGGGGUAUUACCACCCGCUGGGAGGAGGGAGGGAGGUUUGGUUUGGUUUCCAUCAGUCUGUCCGUCCAGCGAUGUGGAACAUGAUGCUCAACAUAGAUGUGUCAGCUACAGCUUUCUACCGAGCCCAGCCUGUCAUUGAGUUCAUGUGUGAGGUUCUGGACAUCCAGAACAUCAAUGAGCAGACCAAGCCCCUCACAGAUUCACAACGUGUCAAGUUCACCAAGGAGAUUCGAGGACUGAAAGUGGAGGUCACACACUGCGGCCAGAUGAAGAGGAAGUACCGUGUGUGCAAUGUCACACGACGCCCAGCCAGCCAUCAGACAUUUCCUUUGCAGCUUGAGAAUGGACAAGCUAUGGAGUGCACUGUUGCCCAGUAUUUUAAACAAAAGUACAGCCUGCAGCUCAAAUACCCCCACCUGCCCUGCCUCCAGGUGGGGCAAGAACAGAAGCACACCUAUCUGCCCCUUGAGGUUUGUAACAUAGUGGCAGGACAGCGCUGUAUAAAGAAACUAACAGAUAACCAGACCUCGACCAUGAUUAAAGCUACGGCCCGCUCAGCCCCAGACAGACAGGAAGAGAUCAGCAGACUGGUCAAAAGUAACAGCAUGGUGGGCGGGCCUGACCCUUACCUGAAAGAGUUUGGCAUUGUGGUUCACAAUGAUAUGACAGAGGUGACUGGGCGGGUCCUCCCAGCGCCCAUGCUUCAGUAUGGGGGCCGGGUGAGUACAGACACUGGGAGGGACUGUAGCAGGGGACUCUCUCCCCAGAACAAGACCGUGGCCACACCCAACCAGGGUGUCUGGGACAUGAGGGGAAAACAGUUUUAUGCGGGUAUAGAGAUCAAGGUGUGGGCCGUAGCCUGCUUCGCACCACAGAAACAAUGCCGAGAAGAUUUGCUCAAGAGUUUCACUGACCAGCUGCGUAAAAUCUCCAAGGACGCAGGGAUGCCCAUCCAAGGCCAGCCCUGCUUCUGCAAGUACGCCCAGGGAGCAGACAGUGUGGAGCCGAUGUUCAAGCAUCUAAAGAUGUCUUAUGUGGGACUACAGCUCAUUGUGGUCAUUCUGCCUGGGAAAACACCAGUCUAUGCGGAAGUGAAGCGUGUGGGAGAUACUCUGCUGGGAAUGGCCACUCAAUGUGUUCAGGUGAAAAAUGUGGUGAAGACGUCCCCUCAGACCCUGUCCAAUCUUUGUCUGAAGAUCAACGCCAAGCUAGGAGGCAUCAACAAUGUACUGGUGCCACAUCAAAGGCCCUCAGUGUUCCAGCAGCCGGUCAUCUUCUUGGGGGCUGAUGUCACUCACCCACCUGCAGGCGAUGGGAAGAAACCAUCCAUUGCAGCUGUGGUGGGAAGCAUGGAUGGGCAUCCUAGCCGCUAUUGUGCCACCGUGCGAGUGCAAACCUCACGCCAGGACCUGUCCCAGGAACAGUUCUACAGCCAGGAAGUCAUCCAAGAUCUUACCAACAUGGUGCGAGAGCUCCUCAUUCAGUUCUACAAGUCUACUCGAUUCAAGCCCACUCGCAUCAUCUACUACCGAGGAGGAGUCUCUGAGGGCCAGAUGAAGCAGGUUGCCUGGCCAGAGCUGAUCGCCAUCAGGAAAGCUUGCAUCAGUCUAGAAGAGGACUACAGACCAGGAAUCACCUACAUCGUAGUGCAGAAACGUCACCACACCCGACUCUUUUGCUCUGACAAAGCUGAGAGGGUUGGGAAGAGUGGCAAUGUCCCAGCAGGCACUACAGUGGACAGCACCAUUACACACCCCUCAGAGUUUGACUUCUACCUGUGCAGCCAUGCUGGUAUCCAGGGCACAAGCCGUCCCUCCCACUAUCACGUCUUGUGGGAUGAUAACUGUUUCACAGCCGAUGAACUGCAACUUUUGACUUACCAGCUCUGCCACACCUAUGUGCGCUGCACCCGCUCCGUCUCUAUCCCCGCACCAGCCUACUACGCACGGCUUGUGGCAUUCCGUGCCCGCUACCACUUAGUGGACAAAGACCAUGACAGUGCUGAGGGCAGUCACGUAUCAGGACAGAGUAAUGGCCGAGACCCUCAGGCCUUGGCAAAGGCGGUCCAGAUUCACUAUGAUACCCAGCACACUAUGUACUUCGCCUGACGUCAGCCAGCAGGAGACGCAAUUCUACACUCCUUCAGUCUGUCUCUCUCUCUCUCUCUCUCUCUCUUCCCGUUUCUCUCUAUCGCGUCUUUGUCUGGAGCAAAGCAGUUCUGAAGCCAGGGGGCCAUCUGUCAGUCGAGUCAAAAUUGGUCGGCCUCAGAAGAACCAACCUCUACCAGCAGUCCUGCACUGAGAGGCUUUUGGCCUCCAAUGCACAGAGAAAAAAAAAUCAAAUUGAGCCAUUUUUAACUUUUCAUUUCUCUUUUGAUUUUGAAUGUCUUUUUAAUUUGUAAUAUACACUGAGUAUGAGCAAACCUGCGCCAUUGGUCAGGGCAGCUCUGGCUCUCUCAGCUAAGCUGGACUCUGUCUACUUUUACCUCAAGCCACCAUUGGCUGAAUCUUGUCACAUGUCUUUUGGGGCGGGUUGGGUGGAUCUUGCAUGUCGGGGAGGUUGGGUUGAAUUGGAUGGAUUUGUUUUUCUCCUUUUUAUGGUCGUAUUUUUGACUCUCCUUUCAGUCUUUUACAAACGAGGUGACCUUGGUAUACAUACCCAUUACCCACUGCCAUUUUGUGCGCUUGUGUGGAUGUGUGUUUGUUUGUGUGAAUGUAGGUUUAUGUCUCAUGGCAGGCCACUGAAAUGUAAAGGGAAAUCUAGGAGCAAACUGCUGUAAAUGCCUUUUUUUUUUUUUUUUUUUUUUUAACAACACACACAGAUAUAUACAAAUAUAUAAAUAUUUGCAGCUCUAUAAGCAUAUUCUUCUUGAUGAUCUAACAGGCUUUCAUAAGCUGAUGGUUUUGUGUAGCAGUAGCAUUACCCAUCGUCUCCUCUGUGAGAGUUGGGGUUGUUGGACCUGGGCAAACAGGGCUUGGUACAGGUGCUAUUCUGCCUGUGGCAAGACUGGAAACACGUACAUCUUAUUCGGAAGUUUAUUUUGCAGGGUUGAAAGGUAUGGCCAUUGCACAGUUACAGACGUAGCGCUAAAGCACCGUCUGAUAGGCUAGGCUUGCAACAUACAGCACUCUUCCUUUUAUGCAUUUAUACAUAAGAUUCAAAUCAGAUUUGUAAGAGUUUAAUAUAAAUGGUUUUUGUGGUAAACUUUAACAAUUUGUUAGAGUAGAUAGUCGUUGUUCUUGUCGUUCUUAAUGUUGCUAUUGAUCAGUUGUCUGCGAUUCGGUCUAAUAAUUAAUUGAUCCAGGAGUCAUUGUGGUUGUAAAUGGAGAGUUUUUUUUGUCUUUUUUUAUACAGCUUAAAUUCUUGUAGCGUUGUGGCAAUGGUAAUGCGGGCCCAAAAUGCUUUGGUUUGUCCACGAAGUGUUUUUUUUUUUUUUUUUUUUGACUUU